AUGAUUCUAAGCUUCAUAACAUGUUUGAAUAUUAUAAUUUCCGUGGUAUAUGGAAAUUUAUCUAGUAAAAUUUAUGGUGGAGAAACAUCUACUAUAUAUAGUCAUCCUCAUCAAGUAUCAAUCCAACUUCAUGAUUACCAUACUUGUAGUGGUUCAAUUAUUUCUAACAGACAUAUAUUAACUGCUGCUACUUGUGUGACUUCUGAACAAAAUGUAUAUUAUGGAAACAUUCAAGUAUUGAGUGGAACAAAUGAUCUCAUGAGACAAGAAGAACAUUCCAAAAUUCAUCGAGUUGCUUAUAUUAUACUUCAUGAACAAUACAAUCCAUAUGUCAAUUGGAUGAACGAUAUAGCAAUUCUUGUAUUGGAAAAACAAAUUCCAUUAUUAAUGGGAAUACGUGCAGCAGUUUGUAUGCCACCACAGAAAACAUCAUCAAAUAGUUAUUAUACCACAGGCUGGGGUAUAAAUCCAUCUACUAAAAUUAUUUCAAGAUAUCUACAACAGAUUCACGUCAAAAGUAUUUCUUCAGGGCUAUGUCAAAAAAAAUACUAUAAAUUUGAAUAUCUUUAUACAACACAGCACUGUUUUAUACCUUUGUUAUCAACAUCAGGUAUCAGUCAGGGUAGCGCUGGUAGUCCUGUAAUGUUUGGACGAAAAAUAGUUGGAAUUAUUUCACUUGAUUCUCUGGACAUCAGACAACCAAUUAUUUAUACUCAUGUUUUUGAAUAUAUCAAUUGGAUUGAACAAAUGAAAGAAAAAAUUUAA